GGCUGUCAGUGUUCCCUCACACAGCAUGGCGACGCGUGGGGUUGGUUCGCGCUGCCGCUCCCAGGCGGACCGGGCCUCCCGCGGAACGGCCGAGCAGCCGAGCGGUGCGGGCAGCACCUCCCUCCUCGCCAGCGCCACGACGUGGCCCCUGAAGCGCUACGGCCGCUUCCUGUCCCCGACGGACAGCGAGGACGGGGAGCGGAGCGGCCACUCGUGGAAGGUUUUUGAAUCGAACGAGGAGUCUGGUCAUCUUAUCCUUACCAUUGUUGUUUCUGGCCAUUUCUUUAUUUCCCAAGGAAGAACAGUGCUGGAGGGCUUCUCAUUAAUUGAUUCCCAGAAGUGGUUAAGGAUUGCAAGACGAGCAGACUGCCUGCUGCUUCAUGCUCAGUCAAAGAACGAAUGCCGCAUGUUUCGAGUUCAGUUUGGUGGAGACUCAGAAGAGCAGACGCUGGAGCACUGCUGCAGCUGUGUUCAGAAACUCGCAGAGUAUGUGCCAGUUCAUGACGCUGAUGAACUAAGCCAGAACCUCUGUUACAGUCGCAGCCAAGUGGAGGAUACUGAACAAAAUACAUCAGUACUACGUGUACCAGAGGAGCCUCUGCCAGAUUCCUGCACAAACUUUGGAGAAAGAAGAUCUACAAUGCAGCUAGCACAGGUAACAAGGAAAAAAAAUAAUAAUUUGGAUCCUGUAAGUGAAACUCAGAUGCAGAGAAAGUUGUCUUGGGCUGUAAACAUCUGCAAGUGUCUUCACUAAACAUCAGGAUGCUAUCAGGGCUACUGUCUAUACCAACAAAACUAAGACUUGCCAUUCCUCAGUCCCUUUAUAAGGUGGGUGCAUUAUCUCUGCUUCUGAGCACAGCUUUCUGGUUUCAUUUGCCACGUGCUGUAAUCCAUCUCUUCCUUGAGUUACUUGCAAAUUCCCUUCCACCAAGGCUCCUCAAUACUGCUUUACACAUCAUCCACUACUUUUCCUUGUACACUUUUUAUUCAGCUUAAUGCAGCUGUGCUGUGGGCUGGGAUUUCCCAUGCCCUGGAAUUACAAAGCUCGUUCAGGGCUAAGCUUCUUUCCCCAGUUCAGCUUUGGAGACAUACCCAUCUUGCUGCUGCUCCAGAACACUCUGGAGCUGCGUUUCUUCAUUUCCAACACCCUGAGAAGGUAGCAGCAGCUUUGGUCUCAGGUAUUCUUCCCAGCAGUGUUAUUUUUAAAGACAAAAACACAAGCCAGGAUAUCAGCAAGACUUCUGUGUGAACCACUACCAUUACUGGAAAUAGGAGGGGUCUUUUUCAGUGCACAAAGAUACAGCUGUACUCUAGAUGUCAGCAUGCAUAGUCUGCCUGCCCUUGCACUGUUCCAUGUUCAAGCAGUGGAAGCUGGAGAAGCUAACAGCAGUCCUGAGCUGCCCACAGGAGGAGGCAUGCUUCAGCCCCACUGUUGUGUCAGCUUCCAAAGAGGCACAACGGGCAUCUGAAGCACAUUAACCCAAAGGCAGACCCCUCCAUAACAGGGUGACCACUCACCUUCACCUCCAGCUGCCUCUGUGCGCCUCACAGCAGUGCACACCCUUUGCACAGGAUCCUUUUCUCUCGCACAGAAUGCAUUCUCUGGGAAUCACGUUACCCAGGAAACUGACAUUUCUGAGGUAACUCCUGCACAGGCAGCUCUGUUGGAAUUGAAGUUAGAUAAGAGAGAGGCGUUCCAUACAUAGGUCAUACAAGACUGAAAGUAUUCAAACGGUGUAAUAACAAGGCAGAUGCAUCUUUAUUAAAUGCCGAAGGAAAAACCUGACGUAGCUGCAUCGUUACAAAACCCACGUGUCGCUACCUUGUAUGUACGAGAUCAGUGCAACAGCUUUGUUGUUCCUUUGCAGUCUGUGCUGAAUCAGAAGUUUGAGCUGCCCCUGGCGUACCGGCAUUCAGCGUGGAGCGCGCAAGAGCUGGGACCCUUCAUCCGCUUAUGCCUGAUGGACCAACACUUCCCAGCGUUUGUGGAGGACGUGGAGAAGGAACUGAAAAAACUGGUGGAAGGCUGAGCCACGUGUAACGCGUUACCGCUGGAACGCCCGCUCCAAGGUACGCAGCUUAAGUGCCAUUAAAUAUUUGGAAGUCUCGCACGUUUUUGUCAGUGUUUUAUUUUUAAAAACAGGUGAAUCCACUUUUUUUUUUUUAUACAUCAUUGCACUUCAACAAAUACACAGAACACAAGUUCAUGCAUCUACAGUUACGCACAUCAUGAGAACCCUGUUAGGUCUAUUUCUACAAUCUUUAAAUCAUGAGAAAUUACAGUGUCAAACUAAAGAUAACUAGUUGCAUAGAAUAUCACCAUGCUGUAACGUUUCAUUUAAACAAAAAAAAAAUUAUAAAAGUUUGCCUGAAUUGAAUGUACAAGAAUAUGUUGAACACAUCAGUGCAAAAGGAUUUGAGAAUUUACAUGAGUUAACAAAAAAAAAAAAAUCACUUAAAAA